UUGAAUUUAUGGAAAAAAAAUCCUGAUAUCUUAAGAGGAUUUACGAAACGUAAUAAGCCGACGAUAGAUUCGUUAUGGCAGGCAUUAACUGAAUCCCUUAAUGCUGCAGGUCCUCCACACAAAGACGUAAAGGGGUGGAAAAAGGUUAUGACUGAGUGGAAAAGCGGAAUCAAAAGAAAAUUAGCUCACAACAAAAUUGAGAGUCGAGCAACAGGAGGUGGUCCAUUUUCAAAAUAUCAGCUCACUCCAAACGAAGAAACCAUUGUGCGUCUUUGUGGCAUUUCGCAAACUAUAGAAGGCAUAUUAGGCGUUUCUCUUGGCACCCAACCCGUUAAUGAGAAUUUAAAUAUACCAAUUGCAGGGGUGAAUGUAGAUUUGUCUUCCUCAUCGCCAGAGGAACAAAAUAUAAACUUGAGUUAUAAUGCAUCCAAUAGACAAAUAGAUGCCGACGAUAUACCCUCCACGUCACAAAGGCAACACGAAAUAAAUGCUAGUGUACCUAGAAGGCAAAAAUUAGAAAGUACAGCAGAUCGCUUAAAAAGAUUUUUGGAUGAGGAAGAUAAAAAAAUGGAGAUAUAUUGAAAAUUUUUGAUCAAAUAACAGAACUGCAAUCUAAAAAUGCUAGCAGCUUGAGGCGUAUAUACCAAGCAAUAGAGAGUAAUAAUAAAACUGUUGGAAGAGCUAUUACUGAAUUGAAAGAUGAGUUUGUAAGUAUAAGUACUCAAUUGCUUAAAGCUAUUGUGGAAAAAAAUGAGAUUAAAAAAGAACAACUAAAUCUCGAAGUUCUCAAGUUUGAACACAAAAGACAAUAUAACGAAAAAAAAGAUUACUUAUUAAGUAUAUUAUUUAAUGAAAGAUCCUGGUUGUGAAAUAUACUUAAAGUACCUGAAUUUAUAAGGCUGAUUUUAGUUUAGUCAUUAAGACUGUUAUUUUUAAAAUUAAGAAAUAAAUCCAUUGAGUUACAAAGUAUUUGCUAUUUCGUCUCUUAUUCUUCGGCCUUCGCUCUGCAUUGAACCAUUAUCAGAGUGGAAAAAAUUGUCAUCGUCAGUCUCAUUUGCAAGAAUUACUACUUCCUGAGUUAAACUGUGGAUCUCUAUAAGGUGUUAACAAAAAUGGUUCAAUUCCGUAGCCGCAAUCGCCCAGCAACCUCAAUGAACGCUGCCCACUCAUACUGUGUACGGAAAUAUUGUUUAGCGUGAGUCAUACCCCAGAUGAAUGCAUCAUGACUUGAACCGGGAUACCGCGCAUCAACUGCACGUAUUUGCAUAUCGUUGUCACAAAUCUUUUGAAAAAAUAAAUACAUAUACAUGUACAAGUAGGUUUACAAAUAUGUUUGAAUAUUAAUUUAUUGUUUAUACUUACUUUCAUCGCAUUUAUGCUAAAAUAUCCCUUUCUGUUAAAAUAUAAAUGCUCAUUAUCAGGUGGUUUUAUUAUUUUUAUAUGUGUUCCAUCUAUACAACCGACUAUUCCGGGUAUUUUGAACUUUCCAAAAAAGUGAUUUCUUGAAAUCAAUUUUUCGCUUUCAUCCAUAGAAAGUUUUACCCACUGACCGCAAAUGUAAUUCUCUAAGACGCACAUCACUUUUGUUAAAAUCUGCGACACCGUGCUUCUUGCCAAACUGAUACAAGAAUCACGGCCUACUCCCCGUUGGUAAGCCCGUUCUGCUAAAAAACGCAGUGUUGCUGCCAAUUGAAUUAUCGGUGGAAUAGUGGGCUGCAAAUGUGGUUCUAUUAUAUUUAACACCAUAAUAAAUGCGUCUUUAUUCAGCCGAUAAUGUGAUAUGAAUCUAUAAAGUAAGCGCGUAAAGUAACACACAAGUAAAUACAAGAUAAAUUCUACUUACGAUUCUCCUGGAGCAUCAAGUGGGUUACUAAGAUCCCUUAAUAUUUUACGUUUAAUUCUUUCAUUUCUUUCUUCCUCUAAUAAAAGGAAAGCUAAUAUUGCCGAACUCAUUUCAAAUUUUAUUCAAAUUGCAUUCACAAUAUUUGUCACAUAAGUAAACAGCUGAUUCGAAUAUUGGUUUUGCAUAUGUUCGAAAAGACGAAAAUCCAAUCAGAUUCUGUGACACCAUUUUAAAUCAGAAUUGGUUUGCAAUUCUGACAGCUAAGCAAUUCUGUUUUGGAUUUCACAACACCCCUGAAAAAGUUGCAUUGGAAUCAGGAAGUACUAAGGCAACUUUUCCGCACUAUUAGAAAUUCCGAAUCGAAAAAAGUUCGGAAUCGACCCACCCUAACGAAGAGGUCGCACUAAUAUCGGUCGGCGUUCUUUUUGCCAUCAACGCAUGGCAGCCCAAGACACAUGAACGACUACUCCCAGGUGCGAUGACAUACAUGUGGAAUUAUGGAACGCGGUCAAUCAGCAAGCGAUCGUCACGAUGUCACAGCACGACUUUUCAAACAACAGCAGCGAUGUUUGAUGGACUUUGGGGAUGUUCGAGCAAGCAAAUAACUGCGGCAAUAUUGCAACCCUGAUGUUUUUUUGCAGAUACUCAGCUGAUACUUAAUCAAAUAUUUUGCAAAUAUUUUGCGCGGCGUGCAGGUAGAAGUGGAAUUUAAUAAGUCUCAAAAAUGAAUUUUUUAAUAAAUUUAACAGUGGAUAACAUGGUGGAAUGCGAGUGCAGUUUGCUUCUUAAAUAUAAAAAAGCAAGAAAACAAAGCUUUUUACGUAAAAAAAAGUGGCUUAUGACCGAAAUUUUAAAGAAGAGGGCGAUAGUAAAAUCGCAAAACUUCUUUAAAACAAUUCAAAUUUAUCCUCCGGAUAUAUAUUUAUCGCAUUUUCGGAUGUCUCGUGAAACAUUUGCUGUAAGUUUUCUGAUUUAAGUAAUCGCCUAAAUAAACACAUACAUAAAUACUUCGUAGGAAUUAAAGAGCGGCUUGGAACCUUUUUGGUUAUCGUCACGCGGGGAAUAUUCAAUGGAUCAGGCUUUGCAUAUUACCUUGUGGAAGCUGAGUAAUAGUAGAGUUACUUAUCGUGAACUAUCAGAUAAGUUUGAUGUUUCAAAAGGGACUGCCCACAAAAUUUUUCUUAAAACGAUUAAUGCAAUUUGCAAGUUAAAAAAUGAAAUAUGUUGGCCAUCAAUUUCCCAGCAGCAAACAGUAAUGGAGCGUUUCCAAGCGAGCCGGCCGAAUGCAUUUCCUUUCGUAGUUGGCUGUUUGGAUGGGACACAUUUUAAAAUAAACACACCGAAGAAGGAUGCAAUUAGCUACUAUGACCGAAAGGGGAACUAUUCCAUUAUUAUGCAGGGCAUAUGCGACAGCACAUUUCGUUUCUUGGAUGUUUUCAUCGGAUACCCAGGGAGCUGCCAUGACGCCAACGUAUGGAAAAAUAGUCCGAUAUACAAAGGAAUUACGUCUGGAGAGAUACAACUUGCAAAAGAUGCUAUAAUUUUAGCUGACUCAGCUUAUCCUCUUACGAAAUAUUUGAUCGCGCCUUAUAGAGAUAAUGGACAUCUGUUGAGAGAGGAGAAACAAUUUAAUUAUUAUUUAAGUUCAACUCGAGUAUUCAUAGAACAAGCUUUUGGGAUUUUGAGGGGAAAGUUCAAAAUUUUAAAUCAUAUUGAUAUUCAAAAUAUGGAAGAUGUAUCAAAAGUAGUAUUAGCUUGUGUAAUUCUGCAUAAUUUAAUAAUGCGGAACAAUUUUAAUGAUCCUGAAGUCAAUUAUCUAUUGGAAAAUUUGGAAACACAUAAUGAAAACGAUGCUGAAACGCCUGACAACAUAAAUGAUACUAACGAAGGUAUUAUCAGAAGAAAUAAUUUAAAAAUGUUGUUUGUUUCUUAAAUUAUAUAUUUUUUAAUAAAAAUGUUAGUAAAUAAAUACAUGUA